UCCCCUUAGAAAUGAGGAAUACUGCACCUCUUCGAGAAUUACACGUGGCUUUGGUUGGAAUGGCCGGUUCCGGGAAAUCAGCGAUCGCUGUGAAGUAUAUCACGAAACGAUUUAUUGGAGAAUAUGAUUCAACACUUGAGGAUAACUACUGUAGACAAGAAACUGUUGGUGGACAAUCUCUGAUGGUUUGGAUGAUGGAUACAGUUGAAAAUGCGACGAAAGAUGAAAUGAGAUGGAUUGCGUGGGCGGAUGUAUAUGUGGUGGUUUAUGACGUCACUAGUCAGCUUAGUUUUCAAUAUGCCGAAGGAAUUCUGGAACGAAUCUCUCGUCACGAGCAUGUACUGUGUCCCCGUGAGCAUCGUACCCUGCUAGUCGGAAAUAAGACUGAUUUGGAAAGAUAUCGACAAGUUUCUGAGACUGAAGGAGAACGUCUCGCUUCACAGCAUAAAGCUCAGUUUGCUGAAUGCUCGGCUGCAAUCGAUUUACGACAAUUCACACAGGGUCUUCACUCGAUUUUUCAGAACAUAAUCUCCGGAGCACGCAGCCCAUCGCCACGACAAUGCUCAUCAGAUUCUGAAAUUAUUACUCCACGAAAAGGAGCCUUCGCCGCUCUCCGAUCCUCCUCUCGAUCUUCACAAGUUCGCGCGAAAACUUCUACAACAAAAACUCCGGCUCCACUGCACAAAACUCCGUCGUUGAGCAAAUUGAAGACGGGAAGCAAGCUACUUAAGCUGUUUCAUAAUUGAUUUUUUUUUUUGGGAAUUUUUCUGGAAAAUUUGAAAUUCAAAUAAAAUCUAAUUUUUUUA